UUCAAUCGUGGAAAACAUCUUCUCUCAUUUCACCAUGAAACAGUUCGUAGUGUUCGCAGCGCUCGUGGCCGUGGCCUGCGCAGGCCUCCUGCCCCACCACAGCCACCACCAGCACCAGCACCGCGCCGCAGCCUCGAGGCGAGUGGACAACUCGUACUUGGCGCCGGCCGCCGAGUCCCGAGUGGACAACUCGUACUUGGCGCCAGUCGCCGAGUCCCGGGUGGAAAGCGCCUACUUGGCGCCCGCCGAGAGCCGCGUCGCCCCAGCCGCCGUCGAGGCCGUGCUCGUCAGCGAGAGGCUGCACGAGAACAACGGACUCGAGGGCUACUCGUACAGCUACGAAAUCUCCGACGGACAGAAGAAGGAGGAGACCGCCGAACUGAUCAACCAGGGAACCGACGAGGAGGCCAUCGCCGUCCGCGGCAGCUUCGAGUGGGUCGACCCGCAGACCAACCAGCACUUCAAGGUCAACUACGUCGCCGACGAGAACGGCUUCCGCGCCGAGGGCGACCACAUCCCCAGGGCCUAACUCUCACCAAUCUGUAACCAAUCUGCAACCAAUCUGCAACCAAACGCCAAAUGUCAAUAAAACACCGCAAACUCUCCUCUUAAACCUAUUUUGUUUCUGUUCGCCCUCUUCUUUUCUAUUCCUCUUCAUCCACUAACCAACUUUGACCAUUUUACUCAUUCUGCCUUCAAUUUUGAGGUUAAUUAUCAUUCCCAGCUUUUUAGGCCUAGAGAAUGAAAAAU